GAACUACGGGGAAAUGAUAACGAGGGUGUUGGGUUUGGGUUCGAAUGUGUAGGUGCCGAAACCGCAUCUCCCUCUCACCGUUGUUGUCUGAUGAGCCGUCUCCCUCUCUCUUCCAAAUCGAACCAACACCUCAAUUUUGCCUGCACUUUGACUCAUCCCAUCGCCGUUCCCAACAGAAACCCUUCGCCUCGCCUACCCUCGUCCCUCCUCCCACUCGCCUUCCAUUCUUCCCAAGAACACUUGGAGGAGGAGGAAGAGGAGGCGAAGUAGCCCGAUUCCAUUCUGUGAACCCCAUUGCGAUUAGGGCUUUCGAUGGGGUCGUUUCAUCCUUUGCCCUAGUUUGCUGUUCCCGUCAAUCUGGUCUUCUUGUAAAUAUCAAUCGUGGCGUGGUGGAAUAGGGCGAGGAGCUGCAGGGUUUAGAGCAUGGCGGAGGCGGCGAAGCUCCGGUGGCCGUUGGUUCCUUGCGUCCGAGACUUCCCUAAAGGGUGCGGCCCUCACGCGGUGGUAGUUGGAUGGAAGCCUAAGGAGGCCCUGCCGCCUCUUCCUCCGCCCCCACCUGCUCCGGAAUCCAAGGAACUUGCCGCCUGUAACGAGGUCGCCGAGCCUGGCGUUUGUGGGCCUCCUGAGGGGGCCCCGGCCGACAUAGAGGGGAAGGCUUGCUUGACGGUCGGUACUAUGAAACCUCACGUUGUGGAUUCUUCCACGAUGGGUUCGGGAAAUGUUGCAGCCGUUAAAGUGGAGCAAGAAGAGGAACUGGACCAGGGCAUGGAGGAGUCUUCUGUUCACAACCGUGAAUUAGAGCUGCCGGUGCCGUUGUUUUUGGAGAAUGGACUCGAACAGUCCAAAGCAUCAGUUGUAUCUAGAACGGAUGAAACACUGAAUGCGGACGGUGAUCUGGUAAAGCAAUGUUCACCGAAGAUGUACCCUCCUCCGUCAAGGAAAGCUGUCUCAGCUGUUCGGGAUUAUCCAAUCGGUUGCGGAGUAAAUGCUCCUCGUAUGAGCAGGGAGGAGGCCUUAAAACUUGCAGCGAAUGCUUCAUCAAAGGGCAAGAGUCCGAUAGAGGAGAAGAUGCCUGCUGUGGAUCAACAAACAGUGGCCCCAAAAGAUUUUGCUACUGUUGAAGUUCCUGCUGACAAUAAGGUUGCCAAGGGGAUGGAGGAAAGGACUGAGAUCAAGAAGAUUGAAGAAGAAACUCUCCAGGUAGAAGCUAAGGUUUCGAAGUCUCCCCUUCCCUCUCCCAAGAUCAAGAGUUUGGAAGCAGAAAAGCAGUCUCUUUCUGGAGAAAAUAGGGAGAAGAAAUUACCUAUUAGAGCAGCUCCUGAUGAAAGGUUGGGUGUGCAGGCAAUCAGACAACUUAACAGGGAUGCUCAAAGGAGCAUGACACCUGAUCUUGAUAAAGUAGCUGCAAGGGGGGAGAGACUUUCAUUGGGGAAAUCAACUGAUAAGAUGGUGACGAAAUAUCAAAAGGUUAGUAAAAGUACCAAGAGAAAGUUCUUAGAUGCAACUGUGGAUGAAAAUGAUGCUAGGAUUGACCACAAUCUGGAUGUUGAGAAGCUGGAAGCUCAUGGCGAAAGGCUGAUCAUUCAAGCUCUCAUGGCUGCUCCCAGAUGUCCAUGGAAGCAGGGUUUCAAGUCAGGUAAUUCUGGUUCUCGCUCUGUUGCGAUGCCAAAACACAAAGUGAAGAGGGAACAAACUACGUUGAACAUGCAACUUGCCUUGAAAGAAGUGGAGGAUGAGGAUACUGUGUCUGGUAAUUAUAGUUCUCAUUCUGUUGUGAUGCAUAAACGUAAGGCGAAGAGGGAACGAACCAAGUUGAAUAUGCAACUAGCCUUGAGGGACGUGGAGGAUGAGGAUAUUCUGUCUCACGGUGAAGAAAAUGAAAGAGCAGUUACAGUUUACCAAGGAUCCUAUGAGCAGAAUGUCAUAGACGCUCCACCCCUUUCAGUUUUUGAUGGAUCAGGAGAAUUGUCCGUCAACAUCCCUCCGAUUGUUCCUUCUGGAUGGAAUUAUAGUGGUGCUGAUAGUCAAGACAUAUUGGUUCGUCAUAAGGUUAGAAGAGCGCUGCGGCUCUUUCAAGUGGUUUGCAGGAAACUAUUGCAAACUGAGGAGGCAAAAUCAAAGGGGUUAGGCAAGACAAAGAGGGUUGACCUGACUGCAGCUGAUAUCCUUAAACAAAAAGGUGAAUGGGUUAACACUGGUAAGCAGAUCAUAGGUAUUGUUCCUGGCGUUGAAGUUGGAGAUGAAUUUCAUUUCAGGGUGGAGCUCUCCAUUGUUGGUCUUCAUCGCCCAUUUCAAGGAGGCAUAGAUGCCCUAAAGAAAAAUGGUAUAUACGUUGCAACAAGUAUUGUGGCUUCUGGGGGAUAUAAUGAUGAUAUGGAUAGCUCAGAUGUCUUGAUAUAUUCUGGUUCUGGAGGAAAUCCUGCCGGUACAGAUAAGCCACCAGAAGACCAAAAGCUUCAGCGUGGAAAUCUGGCACUGAAGAACAGUAUUGACACAAAGACUCCUGUUCGAGUUAUUCAUGGAAUUAAGGAGAUGAAAGGAGGAAGUUCCCACGAUGGAAGGUCCAAACUAGUCUCAACGUUAACUUAUGCUGGUUUGUAUUUGGUUGAGAAGUACUGGCAGGAGAAAGGGCCUCAUGGCUUCUUUGUUUAUAAGUUCCAGUUAAGAAGAAUGCCAGGACAACCAGAACUUGCUCUUCAAGAAGUCAGAAAAACAAAGAGGUCAAAAGUACGAGAAGGUUUGUGCGUGAAGGAUAUAUCAGAUGGGAAGGAGAAGAUACCAAUUUGUGUAAUCAACACAGUAAAUGAUGAGCACCCUCCUCCCUUCAAGUACAUAACAGAGAUUAAAUAUCCUUCAUGGUAUGUGAAGAAUCCUCCAGAAGGUUGUGAUUGCGUGAAUGGCUGCUCCGAUUCAGGGAGGUGUGCAUGUGCUGUGAAGAAUGGAGGUGAAAUUCCAUUCAACUUUAAUGGUGCUAUUGUGCAAGCAAAACCUCUUCUGUAUGAGUGUGGCCCGUCCUGCAAGUGUCCCUCAUCAUGCCACAACAGGGUGAGCCAGCAUGGAAUCCAAAUACCACUAGAAAUUUUCAGGACAAAAACAAGGGGCUGGGGGGUGAGAUCAUUAUAUUCCAUUCCGUCAGGAAGUUUUAUAUGCGAGUACAUCGGGGAGCUGCUUCAGGAUAAAGAAGCUGAAAAGAGGAGUAACGAUGAGUAUCUUUUUGAUAUUGGUCAUAACUAUGAUGAUCACUCUCUCUGGGAGGGACUUCCUUCUCUUAUUCCAGGCUUGAAGACUAGUUCCCAGCGUGAAACUGUGGACGAUGUGGGUUUCACCAUUGAUGCAGCUGAGUAUGGGAAUGUGGGAAGAUUUAUUAAUCAUAGCUGUUCACCUAACCUCUAUGCACAAAAUGUUCUUUACGAUCAUGACGACAAGAGAGUACCACACAUAAUGCUUUUUGCUGCUGAAAAUAUUCCUCCAUUACAAGAACUGACAUAUCACUAUAACUAUUCGUUAGAUCAGGUCCGUGAUGCAGAUGGUAACAUAAAACAGAAAGACUGCUAUUGUGGGUCUCCUGAAUGCACUGGAAGACUUUAUUGAGAUUGCCUUUUAUCAAUUGAGUUCAGUCCUAGACAUGUUGUUGUGGUUGGCAUCUUUUUGUCAUCUUUUUGCUCAUGACAAGUUUGUCACUGCCACUGAUCAUAUGGGCCAACUGAAUAUUGAGAUGACUAUAUUUGUCAUGUAAUCUGGUGGUUCUGGUAUCAUAUGAAAUCCAGCAAAGGUGCAACAGAGGCAUCAACGGUCCAAAUCAUGUGAACAGCUUGUCUACAUGCAAAGAUAAGACCAUGUACAUAUGAAGCCCCUAGAUUCUGCAGAAGCUUUUGGAACUGGACUGAUCAUUUGUGGCGUUGAACCUUGACACCAUAUGGAAUAGAGAGCUGUACUGCAGACACUUCAUUUUGAAUUACAACUUUCAAGUCUUCUUCUCUUGGGAGAACAAACAUAUGCCUGAUGCGACCCAGAAGCAUAACCAAGGUUGGUAUGUUACACCAAUUAUAUGAACUUGGAUUCACGCUGUUGUGCAUUUUGGGGCUUUGUUGAGCAGCUUUUUACUACUUCACACUUGGUACCUGUUGCCAUUUUUGUGUUGCUCAAAACUAUUGCAAGGAGCUUCAUAUUAUCUGUAUCUCUAUGUGUGUCUUCCUCCUGCUCUUGAUAACGAGUAAUGUUCAUGCUGUUUUCAGUUCAGUUUACGUCGAUUUGGUCCUUAA